AUGGAGGAACAUGAAGAUGCUCAAUACUGUUUUCAAGACAGGAACUCUUCUUGCAGAAGAGCUUCAAUAUCAACAUCUAUUUACAUAACACUGUACAUCUUCUUUUCAUUGAUUUCAGUGGUUACAGUAUUUUUGAACCUACUGGUGAUCAUCUCCAUCUCUCACUUCAAGCAUUUCCACACUCCAACCAACCUGCUCAUCCUCUCUCUGGCUGUGUCAGAUCUCCUGGUGGGACUCAUCGUGAUACCAGCAAUGACUGUAGCAAUUUUGGAGUCAUGCUGGAAUUUUGGAGAAUAUUUCUGUGUGGUCCUUCUCUACACCACUUUUUUAUGUACUACUUCUUCUCUUGGCCUUUUGGUCUUGAUAUCUAUUGACCGUUAUGUUGCUGUGUGUGAUCCCUUAAUGUACCACCUGAAAAUAACAACAACAAGAAUGAAGUACUUGAUUAAUUCCUUUAUUAAUCCCAUCAUUUAUGCUUUAUUUUAUCCUUGGUUCAAAGUGGCAGCUAAACAUAUUUUAACUAUGAAGUUUAUGUGUUUAUAG